CUUUAAUUUUGGUUUUGUGAUUGCAAAAAGGGGAGAAUUUUUGGAACUCCAAUUCACCCCCCCUCUUGGAGUACAUUGAGUCAACAAUUGGUAUCAGAGCAAGGGCUCCAAUUUGAAGGUUUAACCACCUAGGAGUUGAUCAAGGAUGGCUCAAUUUCAAGCUUCUCAACCACUUGAAGGUUUGUCUACCACUAGACCUCCUUUCUUUUAUGGGACUAAUUACAAUUAUUGGAAGAAUAGGAUGAAGGUCUUUAUGCUUGCAAAUGUGCCCAAGGCAUGGAUUGUGACUAUGAAAGGUCCAUAUGUACCUAUGAAAGUUGUUGGAGAAAAAGAGGUGCCAAAGGAAGAAGUUGAAUGGAAUGAUGAAGACUUGGGGAAGAUCAUGAUCAACAACAAAGCAAUCAACAUGCUUCAAUGUGCUCUUAAUCCAACGGAAUUCCAUAGAAUGAAACCGGAGGAGAGCAUUCAAGAUAUGUAUACAAGAUUGAAUGAUAUAGUCACCAAUCUCAAGGCUCUUGGUAAAGUUUAUUCUUCGCAAGAAGUGGUGAGGAAGGUUCUUAGAGGCUUGCCUAAGAAUUGGGAAGCUAAGAAGACCGCAAUUGAAGAGUCUAAGGAUCUCAACACUCUCAAGCUUGAAGAUCUCAUUGGAAAAUUGAUGACAUAUGAGAUAGAAGUUCAAGUUGAUGAUGGAGUUGAAGUAGUUGAGAAGAAGAAGAAGGAUGUUGCAUUCAAGGCUAGCAACCAAAAGGAAAAGAGUGAAGAAGAUGCCAGUGAUGGUGAAAACAUCUCCACCUUGAUCUUUAGAGAAGUGAGGAGAUUCAUGAAGAAGAACAUCAAGAGCAAGCUUGCAAAAAGAUAUGAAGGAGAGUCUACCAAAAAGAGUGUGAAAUGCUAUGAGUGCAACAAGUUGGGGCAUUAUAGAAAUGAAUGUCCCAAAUUGAAGAAGGGUGAAAGGAAAAACAAGAAGAGCAUGAAGAAGAAAGCUUUUACCACCACUUGGAGCAAUGAUGAGACUAGCUCAAUGGAAAGUGAAAGCUCCUUGGAAAAUGGUGUUGCAAAUCUUUGCUUCAUGGCUCAAGAGGAUAGCUACAAUGAUGAGGAGUCCCAAACCUUUUAUUUGUACCAAUCAAGGCUAGUAGAGCCGGCUGCACCUUCUUCACAGCCGGCUCACCCAAAAUCCCGAGAGUUUUCUCUUUCUAAGAUUGAGCCAGCUCCAAGACUAAAGCCGGCUCUUUGUCAGUCUUUAAAUCUUUCGGGCUUCUCUCUCUUCGAACCAGAUCUGUUAUUUUCUCAACCCGCAAGCGAAUCCAAUCCAAACCCGAUCACUUGUGUUAUCAUGCUUUGUGAAUGGUAAUGGCAUCACUUAUGUUAUCAUGCUUAAUGGUUGUCUAUGAUUUUGAUGAUUGUCUGCUCUUAUUGAGGGGGAGCAUUUUGUGCUUAAAUUACUACUCUUAAUGGUUAUCAUGCUUAAAUGCUUUAAAAGAUUGAUGUGCAUGAAUUAAGGGGGAGUUUGUUGAUUAUGUGCUUUUUGAUGAAUGACAAAAAGGGGGAGAGAAUAUGCUGAAUAUAAUGUCAUUUUCUAG